GGCGGAGGGUUUUAAAAAAGGGGAAUCGCAUUGCCCCACGUCACAAGGUGACCCAAACAUAGAGGUAUUUGAAAAAGAAGUAUGUUUGCACCACUGCAGUCCAAUCGUAUCCAGAUAUGAAGGCGUGGCUGUACCUUCCGGUUAGUCUCCUAUAAAUACAGCGAUCUAGCAAUCUAGCACACAACAACUGUCAAAUCCAUAUCACUGCGUUAACAAGCGGCCGACUGAACAACUAACGAUGACCGAUGUUAAAAACGUGGCCGAAUUUUUCGACACUAACGGCUACAUAUGCGGUCUGUCCGUUCUCAACGAAGAAGAGACGCUGGAUCUGCGAAAGAAUUUCAAUGACUUUGAAAAAAGUAUUGGCAAGGAGAACGCCCAGUACAACCUGCACAACGUUCACGUGGAACACCCCUGGGUGCUGAAGGUGGCCACUAAACCCUCCGUCCUUAAGCCUUUAAAGGAGAUCCUGGGCUCCAACCUCAUCCUGCUUGACUCGAGGUUCAUCUGUAAAUACCCCAACGAAGAAGUACCCCAGAAGGACGGCUCGGAGGCCUUCGUUGCUUGGCAUCAGGAUGUAAGGUACUGGGGCGUCGAGGGAGACGUGGUCAGCGUGUGGCUGGCUGUCGACGAUGCUGACGUGGAGAACGGCUGCAUGAUCGUCAUUCCAGCAACCCACAAGAGCGGAAUCCUGCAGCACGACCAAACAGAUACCAAGGGUAACUUGCUCACAUCCAAUCAAGAGAUCCCACCCCACUUGUAUGACGCAACAAAGUCCGUCCACUGUCCACUCAAAGCUGGCCAGAUGUCCCUCCACCACGGCCACAUCGUGCACGGCAGUCAGGCCAACAAAUCAGACCGACGUCGCUGUGGCUUCGUUAUCCGUUACAUAGCAACGACAACUUAUCCAAUCGUAGACGAGACUCGUCCCCGGAAGUUCGCCACCACCGUGUUGGUUUCUGGGACUGACGAGCACAAGAAUUUCGAGGACCAUGCCCCUGCGUGGUUUGACUGGAAACAAUAAGCCGUUAGCAAUAUCUUCUUGUGUUGUUGAGAAUGAGUUAAGAUUUAUAUAUUUUGGUCGUGGUGUAAUAUUUUUUCCCAGCACCAUUUAAGCCUCAAACGUUUGUCAAAUACUUUAAAUAAUCAUGGACAGUAAAUUAUUUCUGUGAUUGUUAGCACCAAUACAUAUAUUUUGUCGGUUCGCUGUUAAGUGUUGCUGUUUCGCUUUGAUUGUAAACGUUACAUUAUUUUCAAGCAUGUAAAAAUACUAUAUCAUUCAUGAAUGUUCUAAAGUGCUCGCCCAUUAAAUGCGCUGUAGCUAAAAACCACUCACACUUACCACUCAACUUUUGAUAGGCACAUUCAUAUCAUUCCACGUCAUACUAAAUUUAAAUGUUGUAUAUGUAAGAGUAAAACAUAUAUUACCAUACCUCCAUGCCAGAAUGAUGGUUCACGUGAUCUUGAUAAAAUACUACGAUCCCUCCUUUGAGAUAUAUAUUUCUGGGCGGAAGUCUAAAUCCUAUAUACCCCGCCACGAAGCAAACAGCCACAAGCAUUUUUCGAGUCAAUCGAACAGCAGAUUAUAACCUGUCGGCAAGAUAAAUUCGUUGUAUCAGUAUCAUUCAGGGUACAUGUGGUUUUAUGCGUCCCUCGUUAGGUUUUAUGCCACUCGCCUCAAACUCGAAGUAUAAAACCUAACGCACAUAAAAGAACAUGUACCCCUAGUGAUACAGCUACAACCUAAUGAAACCUAUAUAACCUCAUCGAAAGUUGAGUAGUAUAUAUAAUUCAUGUAUUUUUCAUAUUGCUUUAGGUGAUGUAUUUCUGCAGAUUGUAUCAUCAUUUGCCGUUCUCUCCGUGUUAAAUGUAAGAAACAAACGCUAAAGAGUAUUUGUAUCCUAGUAUUACUAGCCGUCUAUGGUUUAUACUGAAUCUAUACUAACGAAACACAUGGUUGCACAGCAUGGCCCUCACGUCUGCAUUGUGGCUUCUUAUGAGAGUUGCGUCCCUUUGGCACGUCAGAAGCCAAUAAUUGUGGGUUCGAUUCCGGGCUCUCCCCGAUACCAGUGCUCAAAGUGGUAAACGUCCGAGACCCGCACCGUUUCUCCAACACGCCGUGAUAUAACUGGCUUGCUGUUCAAAGUGGCAAAAAACCCAACUCACUCACUCACCCACAUCUGGCAUCGAAUAUACACAAACAAAUCCGAAAAAAAUCCCUUUUUUAUCCGAAGUUCGUCUUCACAUUACCAGGAAUGUUAUUUUCCAGUCCAGAUGGAUUUGGUACGAUUUCGAAAUCACCGACUAUUCGGUUUAUAUGCGACCUCGUCAUAGCCAGAAUUUACUAUCGUUUAAUAUUUCAUUUUCCGACGAUAAAACAAACAGUAGCCGUUGCAAGGCUAGAUCUAAAGAAAUACCAAAACGAUUUUUAUCGGGAUGCACAAAGAAAACUGAAUAUGAUACCGGUUUCCCUAGAGUCUUAUUAUUCAUCAUCAUUGAGUAAUUGUAUUAUAUGUAUGUGAAUGCCGAAGUGAAUGUCAAUCAUAAUGAGUGAAUAGUCAUAAUGCGAAUAACUAUGUAAAAGGUGUAUAACCGGUCUGGGUUUUGUGUGUGAAUGUCUGUGAUAUAUAGGAAACCGUAUCAAUAUGUUAUCCCAUAUCCAGAGAGAUAUGACUGUUUCUUUAGGCCAAGCCAGUAAGACCUUCCUGUGGACGGGUAGAAAAGGACGUGGCACCAAUUGUUAAAACCACUUUUCUGUUAAUUUCCACUUUGUGAGAAUAAUGAAAGGGCCUUAUUUUGAUACCAAAAUUAUUGUUUUCGUUUCAAAAUUUUUUUUUAUAAAGUUUUGUUUCUUUGUCCCAUGCAUCAUCCCUCAAGGUUGCUGUGAAGGUCAUGAGGCGAUUUUUGUUAAAGUUUUAUUGUUGACAUUUUUUGUUUGUUUGUUGUUUAACGCCGCACUCAGCAAUAAUCCAGCUAUGUGACAGCGGUUGUUGACAUGUUUUUAUUUUUCACAACACAGCUGUGCAGAAAAGGUUUAAAAUUAACACUAAAAUUGUUUUUGUCUUGUUUUAUCGAAUCCAAUUGUAUUGGUCGGCCUUGUUUAUUUUUUUUUAUUUUCGUUAUUAUUGUGAGUAACCUUCGAAAACUGCCCUUCAUACAAGCCGUGUUGGGUGGCGAUUUGUAUCUACUGGUGUACAUUGAUUGUUGUAUACAUACCAUUCUCUUCGUAAUGGGUAAAACAUGUAUUUUAGGUUAAACAGGGUAAUAUACCAAACGUAGAAACUAUUAUAUACAUUGACGUUGUUCAAUGUCAUAUUUUGCCAGGGUAAGGUAAUGUCAGCAAAAUCCAUGAUGUUAUUUCUUGCCUUAAACUCCUUUUUUACGAUUUUGCUUUUAUGUAUGUCACUUCAUGUUGUAAUGAAUAUUGUGUGUUCUUUGUGUUGUUUUAUUUUCUGAAAUAAAAAAUUACUUUUU